AUGAUGUUCAAGAAGACUUUCGGCUUCGCAGCUCUCUUUGCUGCUCUGACUUCUGCCCUUCCUUCCGGCAUGAUAGUCAAGCGCAAUGACACCGAGGCUUCAAGCGGAACCGUCUUGAUAACCAAUAAUCUGGACAUGGAUGUAUAUGCUUGGUCCGUCUCCAAUGAUGUCGGUCCUAUGCAGACGCUCUCUGCCAAUGGUGGCACCUACACCGAGGCCUGGAGAACCAACCCCAAUGGUGGUGGUAUCUCGAUCAAGCUCUCCACUCAGCCUGAUCAAUCCGAUGUCCUUCAAUUCGAGUACACCGAGGCCGGCGAUACAAUCUACUGGGAUCUCUCCUGUAUCAACAUGGAGGCCAACUCCGAAUUCACCCAGUACGGCUUCUCUGUUCUGCCGACAGACAGCGGAAACUCGGAUUCUUGCCCAUCGGCCGUGUGCAAGGCUGGUGACAGCGCCUGUGCCGAUGCUUACCUCCAGCCCACGGAUGACCAUGCCACCCACGGUUGCCCCAUCGAUACGGGCCUUGCUUUGACGAUUGGCCAGUAG